CCUCCCGCUGCUGCCGCCUCGCCUCAGCCUGACGCGGAGCGGGCGGGGCUGCCUCCCUCCCGCCUCCCUCCCUGCCCUUCCGUGUGAGGAGGAGGCAGCAGCAGCCGCCGCCGCCGCCGAAGGAGCGCCGCCACCGCCCGAGGAGAGGCCCCCCCGCCUGCCGCCGCCGCGACCAGCGGAGCCCCCCCGCCCCGCCCGCCGCAUCAUCGCCUCCCUGUCCCGCCCCGCCCCCAUCUCGCCCCCCCCCCCCGCGGCUCCCCGGCCGGCCAUGCCGUCUCGGGCAAGGUAAUGAGCCGCAGAGCCCCGGCUGGGUCUCGGCUGAGCGGCACCGCCUCCGCCUCCUCCUCCUCCUCCUCCGCCUUCUCCCGCCAGCACCACCACCACCACCACCAGCCCUCCUCCUCCUCCUCCUCCUCCUCCUCCUCGCACCCGCGGAGCUGGCAUGACUGGCAACCCAGAACUGACAGUGCAUCAGCUGACCAAGAGAAUUUAAAAUACUCCUCGUCCAGAGACCGGAGUGGUUCUUCCUCCUAUGGAUUGCAACCCUCAAAUUCAGCGGUGGUGUCUCGGCAUAGACAUGAUGAUAUCAGAGGCACCGCUGACAUACAGAAUGAAGAAAAAGGUGGCUACAGUGUCAAUGGAGGAUCUGGGGAAAAUACUUAUGGUCGGAAGUCGUUGGGGCAAGAGCUGAGAGUUAACCAUGUGACCAACUCUGAUUUUACCAGUGUUCAGCAUGGGAAUCGUGCUUUAGUCGCAAAAGACAUGAGGAAAACACAGGAGCGAUCAUUGUCUUACUCUGAUGAGUCUCGACUGUCAAAUCUUCUUCGGAGGAUUACUCGGGAAGACGACAGAGACCGAAGACUGGCUACUGUAAAGCAACUGAAAGAAUUCAUUCAGCAACCAGAGAACAAACUGGUGCUGGUUAAACAACUGGAUAAUAUCUUGACUGCCAUACACGAUGUGCUUAAUGAAAGUAGCAAACUGCUUCAAGAACUGAGACAGGAGGGCGCUUGCUGCCUUGGCCUUCUUUGUGCUUCUCUAAGCUAUGAAGCUGAGAAGAUCUUUAAAUGGAUUUUUAGCAAAUUUGGCUCAUCCACUAAAGAUGAAGUUAAACUUCUUUAUUUGUGUGCAACGUACAAAGCCCUGGAGACUGUGGGAGAGAAGAAAGCUUUUUCAUCUGUAAUGCAACUUGUAAUGACGAGCCUGCAGUCCAUUCUAGAAAAUGUGGACACACCAGAAUUGCUGUGUAAAUGUGUCAAAUGCAUCCUCCUCGUGUCCCGAUGUUACCCUCACAUUUUCAGCACUAACUUUAGGGACACGGUUGACAUAUUAGUUGGGUGGCAUAUUGAUCACACUCAGAAACCUUCCCUGACACAGCAGGUGUCUGGAUGGUUACAGAGCCUGGAACCGUUUUGGGUAGCUGACCUUGCAUUUUCCACCACACUCUUGGGUCAGUUCCUAGAAGAUAUGGAAGCAUAUGCUGAGGACCUCAGCCAUGUGGCUUCUGGAGAAUCCGUGGAUGAAGAUAUCCCCCCUCCUUCGGUCUCGCUGCCCAAACUGGCAGCUCUCCUCCGGGUUUUCAGUACGGUUGUGAGGAGUAUUGGCGAACGAUUCAGUCCCAUUCGAGGGCCACCCAUAACUGAAGCCUAUGUCACUGAUGUUCUGUACAGAGUCAUGCGAUGUGUCACAGCCGCUAAUCAAGUCUUCUUUUCUGAGGCUGUCUUGACGGCUGCCAACGAGUGUGUCGGUGUCUUGCUGGGCAGUCUGGAUCCUAGCAUGACCAUCCACUGUGACAUGGUCAUCACCUAUGGAUUAGAUCAACUGGAGAAUUGUCAGACUUGUGGUACUGAUUAUAUCAUCUCGGUGUUGAACUUAUUAAUGCUGAUUGUUGAACAAAUAAAUACAAAGCUCCCAUCAUCAUUUAUAGAGAAAUUGUUUAUACCAGCGUCUAAGUUGCUUAUACUCCGCUACCACAAGGAAAAAGAGGUGGUUUCAGCAGCGCAGGCUGUUUACCAAGCAGUCCUGAGCUUGAAGAACAUUCCUGUCUUAGAAACUGCCUACAAGUUGAUUCUUGGAGAGAUGGCCUGUGCCUUGAACAGUCUUCUUUGCAGUCUGCAGCUUCCGGAGACUUGUUCUGAAAUUCAACAUGAUGCUUUCAAGAACCAUACUUUCAAUGUGGCUAACGCAAAGUUUGUUGUUAUAUUUGACCUUAGUGCUCUGACUACCAUUGGAAAUGCAAAGAACUCAUUGAUUGGAAUGUGGGCUCUGUCUCCAACGGUGUUUGCAUUGCUGAGCAAGAAUUUGAUGGUGGCACACGGUGACAUUGCCGUUCACUUUCCUGCAGUCCAGUAUGCAGUGCUCUACACUCUCUAUUCACAUUGCACCAGGCAUGACCACUUCAUAUCCAGCAGCCUCAGUUCCUCUUCUCCUUCCUUGUUUGAUGGGGCUGUCAUUAGCACAGUAACCACAGCUACCAAGAAGCAUUUCUCUAUCAUGCUAAAUCUCCUAGGGCUUCUGCUUAAGAAGGACAACCUUACCCAUGAUACCAGGAAACUACUAAUGACCUGGGCUUUAGAAGUGGCUGUCCUAAUGAAAAAAUCUGAGACAUAUGCACCACUGUUCUCUCUCCCAUCUUUUCACAAGUUCUGCAAAGGACUUCUAGCAAACACUCUUCUAGAGGAUGUUAAUAUAUGUCUUCAGGCAUGCAGUAGCCUCCAUGCUUUGUCACCUUCUCUGCCAGAUGACCUGUUGCAGAGAUGCGUUGAUGUAUGCCGUGUGCAGCUAGUCCACAGUGGUGCUCGUAUACGACAAGCUUUUGGAAAACUCUUAAAGUCUGUCCCUCUAGAUGUAGUGCUAAGUAACAACCACCACACAGAAAUACAAGAAAUCUCGUUGGCUAUCAGAGGUCAUAUGAGCAAAGCACCAAGCAAUACCUUUCACCCACAAGACUUUUCCGAUAUAAUCAGUUUCAUCUUGUAUGGGAGCUCCCACAGAACAGGGAAAGAGAGCUGGUUAGAAAGGUUAUUUUACAGUUGCCAAAGACUGGAUAAACGUGACCAAUCAAGUAUUCCCCGCAAUUUAUUGAAAACGGAAGCUGUUCUUUGGCAGUGGGCCGUCUGGGAGGCAGCACAAUUUACUGUCUUGUCGAAGUUAAGGACACCACUAGGCAGAGCUCAGGAUACAUUCCAGACAAUUGAAGGCAUCAUUAGGAGCCUUGCAGCCCACACACUGAACCCAGAUCAAGAUGUCAGCCAGUGGACGACAGCAGACAACGAUGAAGGGCACAGUAGCAACCAGCUUCGGCUGGUUUUGCUUCUUCAGUACUUGGAGAACUUGGAGAAACUGAUGUACAAUGCUUAUGAGGGAUGUGCGAAUGCACUCACAUCUCCACCCAAGGUUAUCAGGAUGUUUUUCUAUACUAAUCGACAGACUUGUCAGGAUUGGUUAACUCGAAUUAGGCUUUCCAUCAUGCGGGUUGGAUUGUUGGCUGGACAGCCGGCUGUGACGGUCAGGCAUGGCUUUGAUUUGCUGACAGAAAUGAAGACCAAUAAUGUGUCUCAGGGAAAUGAGUUAGAAGUAACCAUCAUGAUGGUGGUCGAAGCCCUCUGUGAGCUUCAUUGUCCCGAAGCAAUCCAAGGAAUAGCUGUCUGGUCGUCUUCUGUAGUUGGAAGGAGUCUGACCUGGAUUAAUUCUGUAGCUCUGCAGGCAGAAGGACGGUUUGAAAAAGCAGCUGUCGAAUACCAGGAGCAUCUUUGUGCCAUGACUGGAGUCGAUUGUUGUGUCACAGGUUUUGAUAAAUCUGUUCUCAAGCUGGCCAAUUCCAACAGUGGUAACAACGCCAGCCCCAAGCACUCUCUGAAUGGGGAUGCGCGGAAAACAGUCCUGGCGAAGCCCAGCGACUCGUCGCCUGAAGUUGUCAACUACUUGGGCAACAAAGCUUGCGAGUGCUACACCUCCAUUGCUGAUUGGUCGGCGGUGCAGGAAUGGCAGAAUGCGGUCCAUGACCUGAAGAAAAAUGCCAGCAGUGCCCUGGUCAGUCUGAAAGCAGACUUUAACUACAUAAAAUCUCUAAGCAACUUUGGAUCUGGAGAACUCACAGCAUGCACAGAGCAACUAGAAUUGCUUCCAGGUGAAGACAUCAAUCUUCUAAUUGGAGGAUCCAAAGAAAAAAUAGAUAUGAAGAAGCUUCUCCCGAACAUGCUAUCUCCUGAUCCGAGAGAACUUCAGAAAGCAAUUGAGGUUCAGUUAUUGAGAAGUUCAGUGUGUCUGUCAACAGCGAUUAACCAAGCGGAACAGGAUCAAAAAUGGCAGCCCAUUACAGAAAACCUUGUAAAAUACCUAAAGCAGACAUCCCGGAUUGCGAUUGGACCUUUAAGACUGGCCACUCUGACGGUCUCUCAGUCUUUGCCAGUCCUGAGUACUCUGCAGCUGUACUGUUCCUCUGCUCUGGAAAAUACCGUGUCAAACAGGCUCUCCUCCGAGGAUUGCCUCAUCCCUCUCUUCAGUGAAGCAUUGCGUUCAUGCAAGCAACACGAUGUGAGACCCUGGAUGCAUGCCCUCCGAUACACCAUGUAUCAGAAUCAUUUGCUGGAGAAACUUAAAGAGCAAAGUGUUCCGGUGAGAAGCCAUUUAAUGGAACUGGGUCUGACUGCUGCAAAAUUUGCACGCAAGCGUGGGAAUGUUGCGCUGGCGACACGCCUGCUUGCUCAGUGCAGUGAAGUUCAGCUCGGGAAAACGACUACUGCCCAAGAUCUAGUCCAGCACUUUAAGAAGCUGUCCACACCCAUUCAGAUGGAUGAAAAGUGGGGUCCUGAGCUGGAAAUUGAAAAAACCAAAUUGUUAUACACAGCAGGCCAGUCUACCCAUGCAAUGGAAAUGUUGAGUUCCUGUGCCUUAUGCUUCUGCAAAUCUGCCAAAGCCGAAUAUGCUGUAGCCAAGUCCAUUCUCACACUAGCCAAAUGGAUCCAAGCUGAAUGGAAAGAGAUUUCAGGGCAGCUGAAGCAAGUCUACAGAGCACGGCAGCAACAAAAUCUAACUGGCCUUUCCACAUUAUCUAAAAACAUCUAUACUUUGAUUGACUUGCCCUCUGUUAAUACCGGUGAGGAGGACUAUCCCAGGAUUGAAAGUGAAUCCACAGUAAACAUUGGAGUUGGAGAGCCAGACUUCAUCCUGGGGCAGCUCUACCGCCUGUCUUCAGCACAAGCGCCCGAAGUUGCCAAGUCAUGGGCUUCGCUUGCUAGCUGGGCUUACCGAUGGGGCCGAAAAGUGGUUGACAAUGCCAGCCAAGGAGGUGUCCGUCUACUACCAAGAGAGAAAUCUGAAGUUCAAAACUUGCUUCCUGAAAAUAUUACAGAAGAAGACAGAGAGAAAAUCUAUGGCAUUCUUGGACAGGCAGUGUGCCGACCAGCUGGGAUUCAGGACGAAGACAUGACCCUUCAGAUUGCCGAGAGCGAAGAUAAUGAAGAAGAUGAUAUGGUUGAUGUCAUCUGGCGCCAGUUGUUGACCAGCUGUCCCUGGCUUUCAGACCUUGAUGAAAAUUCAACGGAGGGGCUCAUCAAAGUGUGGCGGAAAGUUGUGGACAGGAUCUUCAGCCUCUACAAGCUCUCGUGCAGUGCCUAUUUUACUUUCCUCAAGCUCAAUGCUGGUCAGGUUCCUCUGGAUGAAGACGACCCCAGGCUGCACCUCAGGAACAUUUCGGAACAGAGCACCGAUGAUGUCAUUGUAAUGGCAACCUUGAGGCUGCUGAGACUGCUUGUGAAACAUGCUGGAGAACUCAGGCAGUAUCUGGAACAUGGGCUAGAAACCACCCCAACAGCUCCGUGGCGAGGUAUUAUUCCUCAGCUCUUUUCACGCCUCAAUCACCCCGAAGUGUAUGUUCGCCAGAGCAUUUGUAACCUCCUCUGCCGAGUUGCCCAGGAUUCUCCUCAUCUAAUACUGUACCCGGCCAUUGUGGGCACCAUUUCCCUUAGUAGCGAAUCUCAAGCUUCAGGAAGCAAAUUCCCCUCUGCAAUCCCAACCUUCUUGGGCAACAUUCAAGGUGAAGAACUAUUGGGUGGUGAGUGUGAUGGAGGCAGCCCUCCGGCUUCUCAAGAGAGCAUCAAAGAUGAGCCCAAGAUGGGCUUAAAUGAAGACCAGGCGAUGAUGCAAGACUGCUACAGCAAAAUUGUAGAGAAGUUGUCGACUGCAAAUCCAACCAUGGUCUUGCAGGUCCAGAUGCUUGUCGCAGAGCUCCGCAGAGUGACGGUCCUCUGGGAUGAGCUUUGGCUGGGAGUCCUCUUGCAGCAACACAUGUAUGUCCUUAGACGGAUUCAGCAGCUGGAAGACGAAGUGAAGAGAGUCCAGAACAACAACACUCUACGCAAAGAGGAAAAAAUAGCCAUCAUGCGUGAAAAGCACACGGCCCUAAUGAAGCCCAUCGUGUUUGCUCUGGAGCACGUGUGGAGCAUCACUGCAGCUCCUGCCGAAACGCCCCAUGAGAAGUGGUUUCAGGACAGUUACGGAGAUGCCAUUGAAAGUGCCUUGGAGAAACUGAAGAACCCAUCCAACCCUGCAAAGCCGGGAAGCAGCUGGAUCCCUUUCAAAGAGGUGAUGCUCAACCUCCAGCAGAGAGCUCAGAAGCGGGCCAGUUACAUUCUGCGCCUCGAGGAAAUCAGCCCCUGGCUGGCUGCCAUGACCAACACGGAAAUAGCUCUCCCGGGAGAAGUGUCUGCCAGGGACACCGUCACCAUCCACAGCGUGGGGAGCACCAUCACAAUCCUGCCAACGAAAACCAAACCGAAAAAGCUCCUUUUCCUAGGCUCAGAUGGGAAGAACUACCCAUACCUCUUCAAAGGGCUAGAAGAUCUCCACCUGGAUGAACGGAUCAUGCAGUUCUUAUCCAUUGUGAACACCAUGUUUGCCACCAUCAAUCGCCAAGAGACGCCUCGUUUCCACGCCAGGCAUUACUCUGUUACGCCCCUGGGGACAAGAUCAGGCCUGAUUCAGUGGGUAGAUGGAGCCACUCCUUUAUUUGGCCUUUAUAAGAGGUGGCAGCAGAGAGAAGCUGCUUUACAAACACAAAAGGCCCAAGAUUCCUACCAGACUCUUCAAAAUCCUGGGAUUGUACCUAGACCCAGUGAACUGUAUUACAGCAAAAUUGGACCGGCUUUGAAAACAGUUGGUCUCAGCCUGGAUGUGUCCCGUCGAGACUGGCCCCUAAAUGUAAUGAAGACCGUUUUGGAAGAGUUAAUGGAAUCGACGCCACCCAAUCUUCUUGCUAAAGAACUUUGGUCGUCCUGUACGACACCCGACGAAUGGUGGAGAGUCACACAGUCUUACGCAAGAUCCACGGCAGUUAUGUCCAUGGUUGGCUACAUAAUCGGUCUUGGAGACAGACAUCUGGAUAACGUUCUUAUUGAUAUGACUACCGGAGAGGUGGUUCACAUCGAUUAUAAUGUUUGCUUUGAAAAAGGGAAAAGUCUCCGAGUACCAGAGAAGGUUCCCUUCAGGAUGACACAGAAUAUUGAAACGGCAUUUGGAGUGACAGGAGUAGAAGGAGUUUUCAGGCUUUCUUGUGAGCAGGUUCUGCAUAUUAUGCGCCGUGGAAGAGAGACCCUGCUGACGUUGCUUGAAGCUUUUGUUUAUGACCCGCUUGUGGACUGGACUGCAGGGGGCGAAGCUGGCUUUGCUGGAGCCGUGUAUGGCGGAGGAGGGCAGCAGGCCGAGAGCAAGCAAAGCAAGAGAGAGAUGGAGAGGGACGUCACACGCAGCCUCUUCUCUUCCCGGGUCGCUGAAAUCAAGGUGAACUGGUUUAAGAACAGAGAUGAAAUGUUGGCUGUUCUUCCUAAACUGGAUGGUAGCUUAGCAGAAUACUUAAAUUUGCAAGAGCAGUUGACAGAUGUUGAGAAAUUGCAAGGCAAACUAUUGGAAGAGAUUGACUAUCUGGAUGGAGCAGAAGUGGGGGACCACCCAACGCACACGCUGCAGCACAGGUAUUCUGAACACACUCAGCUCCAGACACAGCAGAGGGCUGUACAGGAAGCAAUCCAGGUGAAACUGAAUGAAUUUGAGCAGUGGAUAUCCCAUUACCAAGCGGCUUUCAAUAAUCUGGAAGCAACUCAGCUUGCAAGUCUGCUCCAGGAAAUUAGCACCCAAAUGGAUCUUGGUCCUCCGAGUUAUGUGCCUGCAACGGCCUUCCUUCAAAAUGCUGGCCAGGCACACCUGAUCAGCCAGUGUGAGCAGCUGGAGGGAGAGGUGGGGGCUUUUCUCCAGCAGAGGCGGUCGGUCCUGCGUGGAUGCCUUGAGCAGCUGCACAACUAUGCCACGGUGGCGCUCCAGUACCCCAAGACAGUGUUCCAGAAGCACCGUGUGGAGCAGUGGAAGGCCUGGAUGGAAGAGCUCAUGGGCAAUAUGACCAUCGACCGCUGCCAAGAGCUUUACCGGAAGUAUGAAAUUCAGUAUGCUCCUCAGCCCCCUCCAGCGGUGUGUCAGUUCAUAACGACUACAGAGAUGACUUUGCAGCGAUAUGCCACCGAUAUAAAUAGCAGGCUUAUCCGGCAAGUAGAGCGUUUAAAGCAAGAAGCAGUCACGGUUCCAGUGUGUGAGGAGCAGUUGAAAGAAAUUGAGCGUUGCAUUAAGGUCUUCCUUCACGAAAAUGGCGAAGAGGGUUCCCUGAGCCUUGCAAGCGUGAUCAUCUCUGCUCUGUGUACCCUCACCAGGCGCAAUCUGAUGAUGGAAGGUGCUGCGUCGAGUGCUGGAGAGCAGCUGGUCGACCUGACCUCGCGAGACGGAGCCUGGUUCUUGGAGGAGCUCUGCAGCAUGAGCGGGAACGUCACGUGCCUGGUGCAGCUCCUGAAGCAGUGCCAUCUGGUCCCACAGGACCUGGAUAUUCCCAACCCAGUCGAAGCCUCCGAAGCCAUUCACCUGGCUAACGGCGUCUACAUCUCGCUUCAGGAAUUGAAUUCAAAUUUCCGCCAGAUCAUUUUCCCAGAAGCACUUAGGUGUUUAAUGAAAGGAGAAUAUACCUUAGAAAGCAUGCUUAAUGAACUGGAUAGCCUGAUUGAACAAACUACCGAUGUUCCUUUGCAAACCCUGGUUGAAUCUCUUCAAGCUUACCUAAGAAAUUCAGCCAUGGGGCUUGAAGAAGAAACCCACACUCAUUACAUUGAUGUUGCAAGGAUGCUUCAUGCCCAGUAUGGUGAACUGAUUCAGCCAAGAAAUGGUUCCGUGGAUGAAACACCCAAAAUGUCAGCAGGCCAGAUGUUGUUGGUGGCCUUUGAUGGGAUGUUUGCCCAAGUGGAGACAGCCUUUGGCUUGUUGGUUGACAAGCUCAACAAGAUGGAGAUACCUGUUGCUUGGCGCAAGAUUGACAUCAUCAGGGAAGCCCGUAGCACCCAAGCCAACUUUUUUGAUGACAACAACCAUCGGCAAGUUCUAGAAGAGAUUUUCUUCUUGAAAAGGCUGCAGACAAUCAAGGAGUUCUUCAGACUCUGCGGUACCUUUUCGAAAACACUUUCAGGCAUAAGUUCUCUGGAAGAGCAAAACCCUGUGAAUGGCCCUGUGCAGAUGGUCAAUGUGAAAACCUUGUAUCGGAAUUCUUGCUUCAGCGAAGACCAGAUGGCCAAACCAAUCAAAGCCUUCACAGCCGACUUUGUCCGGCAACUUUUAAUUGGCCUUCCCAAUCAAGCGCUGGGACUGACUCUGUGUAGCUUCAUUAGUGCUCUGGGUGUAGAUAUAAUCGCUCAAGUAGAGGCAAAGGAUUUUGGGGCUGAAAGCAAAGUGUCUGUGGACGACUUGUGUAAGAAAGCCGUGGAGCACAAUAUCCAGAUGGGCAGGUUUUCUCAGCUGGUCAUGAACAGAGCAACCGUGUUGGCCAGCUCCUACGAUACUGCCUGGAAGAAGCACGACCUGGUGCGGAGACUUGAGACCAGCAUUUCUUCCUAUAAGACGAGUCUCCAAAGAGUGCAGCUGCACAUGGCUAUGUUUCAGUGGCAGCACGAAGAUCUCCUCAUCAGUCGCCCACAAGCCAUGACAGUCACUCCUCCGCCUCGCUCUGCAAUUUUAGCCAGUAUGAAAAAGAAACUUCACACCCUUGGCCAGAUUGAAGCUUCGAUUGCAGCAGUUCAGGAAAAGCUGGCGGCACUUGAAGCUAGUAUUGAGCAGCGUUUGAAAUGGGCCGGAGGAGCCAAUCCCGCCCUGGCGCCCGUCCUGCAAGAUUUCGAUGCCACCAUAGCGGAGAGGAGAAACCUUGUCCUUAAAGAAGGUCAAAGAGCCAGCCAGGUGACAUUCCUGUGUAGCAACAUCAUUCAUUUUGAAAGCCUACGUACCAGAACAGCGGAAGCCUUAAACUUAGAUGCCGCCUUGUUUGAACUGGUCAAACGCUGCCAACAGAUGUGUUCGUUUGCAUCGCAGUUCAACAGCUCAGUUUCCGAACUCGAGCUUUGUUUACUUCACCGAGUGGGCACCAAUCUUGAGCAUCCCAUCGGCAGCUCCGAAUGGCUUCUCUCUGCUCACAAGCAACUGACGCAGGACAUUUCCACCCAGAGAACGGUGCAGACAGAGAGGGAGCAGCAAAUUGAGUCUGUGUGUGAAACCAUUCAGAAUCUGGUUGAUUGUAUUAAAACUGUGCUCACUGGCCACAACAGACAACUUGGGGAUGUCAAGCAUCUGCUGAAAGCCAUGGCGAAGGAUGAAGAAACCGCUCUGGCAGAUGGUGAAGAUGUUCCCUAUGAGAACAGUGUUAGACAGUUCUUGGGUGAAUAUAAAUUAUGGCAAGACAAUAUUCAAACAGUUCUGUUUACCUUAGUUCAGGCUAUGGGUCAGGUCCGCAGUCAGGAACACACUGAGAUGCUGCAGGAAAUUACUUCCACCUUGAAAGAACUGAGAACCCAGACUCAAAGUGUCUACAAUAAUCUAGUGAGUUUUGCGUCACCGUUAGUCACGGAUACACCAAAUGAAUGCUCGAGCCCAACAGCUGCUGCUGCUGCAUGUCAGCCGACGUUUGCUGCAGCGGUCCGUAGUAAUACGGGGCAGAAGACGCAGCCGGAGGUCAUGUCGCAGAAUACAAGGAAGCUCAUCCAGAAGACACUUGCACCGUCGGCAGACACCCCUCCGGGCACGAUCGCAGGAGCCGGCAAGAGUGUGGUCUCUAGCCCCAAGAAGGCCAUCAGGGACCCUAAAACAGGGAAAGCUGUGCAAGAACGGAAUUCGUAUGCUGUAAGUGUGUGGAAACGUGUCAAAGCCAAGUUAGAGGGCCGGGACUUAGAUCCCAACCGGAGAAUGUCCGUUGCUGAACAGGUGGACUAUGUGAUUAAGGAAGCCACUAAUCUAGAUAACUUGGCUCAGCUGUAUGAAGGUUGGACAGCCUGGGUAUGAAGAGGAGCAAGCAGGUCAGUCUGGUUCAGUGAGGUCAGACAUCCAGCAGAAUCCACUCUGCCUCAGGCAUCCACAGCAGCACCACAGUCGGUGGUGAUGCAUUUCUGGGGCUUAAUGUGAGGAAACCUCGGCCAUCUCGGUGCACUGGGGAAGUGAGUCCUGCAGAGUAGCUGCACUCAGGGAUACGCUAAACACAAUGGCCUGGAGUCCCCUCCCCGGGGUCCAGGGUGGAAGCUCACCGCCUGAACAACACGGCUGUCUUUCUGCUCCAGAAGAACUGCAUACGUGUCGGGAGGGGGGGAUAGCUGCAGGAAGAAAUGGGGAAUGCUACAGACCGCAGAGUGAUUUGGAACCCAGUUCCACCUGACCCUGUGAACAAUCCGGGAAAUACCGAAAACGGAAAAGGGGGCCGUGAAGAAAUCACAGCAAAGGAAGAUUUGAGAGAUUGAAUUACUCUUGUUGCGUGGCAACAGUGCUGGUUGAGCUGACCAGUUAGUGCAGAAAUGCUGCACAAGAUGAACUUCAGAGAUGGACUGAAAUGCCAAGAGCGCUGCACAUCAGUGAUGUCCUAUGUCGGAAGAACUUCUGAGAAGAGAGAAGCUUUUUGGGUUUUUGUUUUUUGUUUUUUUCUAAUUUGGAAAUUCUUUCCUACUCCUGACUAACUGUAGCUUAGGUGUAUUUCCAGUCCGUGUGGAUUUUUUUAAAAAAUUUUGAUCCUUAUGUUCAGUCAGGUUAAUCUCUCUCUUUUUGGGGUGUGGGUGGGACGCAAACCAUAUUUCCAAAAGCACAGAAAAUGCUGAAUAUUUAAAAUGACUUAUCUUUGAGUUGGGUGGUCAAAUGCAAAUUGUUUGUGUUAAAAGUCAUUUUUGCAACUCUAUCAUGUACAGUUCCCCAGAUUCACUGUGCAUUUCAAAGUAAUGAAUCUAACAGGCAUUUAUUUUCAUCUGCUUGCAGUGUACACUUCUUUUGUAAUUCACAGUUUUCCCUCCAAAGCUCAUUCUGCUGUGAUUGCUGUAGUUUCUUUUGUAAACAUAAGUACUCCAAUGUAAUCUUUACCUUUUUAAAAUAAAAACACAAACACAGGAUAGAAUAUCAAAGUAGAGUUUUACAUUGUUGAUGACAGAAAAUCAAUAAAGUGAAGUUCUAGUGGAGGUAGUUUUAUGCUGUUUAAUUCACUUUUUUGAUUUACACUUGUAUAGCUUUUCAGUUCAAUUGCGGAAUUAAAGAUAGACAUACCAAGCUAAAAUGAGCUUAUUUUUCUUCAAGUACAGUUGUAUAAAGAUCUGUGUGGAGUUGCUUUUUUCCAUAUGACUUCCAAUCUGUUCAAUACAUUCAUAGUAAAUUUCUCACUAAGUUUUCCUAAACCUACCUUGCACUUUUUGACAGAGUGUAAGAGAAGUUGCUAUUAAAGCGGCACUUUAAAACCAGUCUGUUCCCAUAUGUCUUUAUCUCUUCCCUGCUAAUUAAAGUUUUUUCAACAUAUGAGCUUGCCCUAGGAAAGAACAUGCUAUUUCCUGACUCCUACAUAAUACAAUUAUCACUUCUUUGGGGUGAUCUUCGGAUGAAUACUGCUUGAAUCCAACUUUUCAGAUUGGACUUGUGGAGCUGACAGCCUCCGCUCCCUGCCAAAUGUACGUGUGAACUUAACACAUUUGCCAUGAAAGCCAUUGAAGGAGGGGACACAUGAGGAUUCCCAUCCUAUCCUCCUGGUGUCUUCAGAGGAUUUAAACAUUUUCCAGUGGUGGUUUCUAAGUAAUGCAGCCUAUAUUUCUGAGAGGUCUUGGUAAGGUGCAGCAAAAGGAACCGGAUGCCAUUAUUCCAGUCUUUACAGUGUGGAGAAACUUUGGCUUCCUCCGGUGAACUGAUGCGAAGGAGACUUGAUUGAUGCUCUUCUCAGCCUAGUCCACCGGCUCUCCUCUCGUUUUUCAGAGCUGGCCUUGAUGGGUCGUGCAUGUUGCCUACCUAUUGACUGAUGCUUCUGAGGCCAUGGCUUUCCAGUGCUCCUGAAUCCUUUGCCAUAUAUUGUAAGAGUGAAAGAGAGAGGGGUUUGUUUUGUGGGGGAGGAGAGAGAAAACAGCAGCGAAGGCAACAUUCACAAUUCAGUUAGUGUGCUUUUCUUUUCCUUCCUGUAUGAAACAUCCUGGAUGAGCACUCCCGGGAGGAUGAGAUGUUAUGUUUUGAUUGCUUGGGAGCAGGGACAGGCUGUUGUGCCUGUGAUUCAUGUACUAUUAUACAACGUCUAUCCAGAAAUGAAAUGUGUAUGGAGAUGGGGUCUUUACUGCAUAAUGUAAUAAAGCUUAAAAAUCAACUUGUAUUCUCAA